CCGCCCUGUAUUGGGACGCUUCAGGUGGAACAUGACAGUUCCGGCCGUUUGGCUUCACUUAGAGUAAUGUUUUUCAGAAAUGACGUUUUGGAAAGUGGAAGUGUUUUCAACUCGGUUAGCUUGGGAACUAACAAACGUAUUGGUGUAAAAUAUAUAUAUAUAUAUUGUUCUGCUAACGUUUCGCUGUAGGCAACGUCAUCCGAGUAGUUUCCUCAUUAGUCCAGAGUUCAGAACAGAUCCCGUCUGGAGCCACAUCCAGCGCAUCAGUCCUCUCGCACAGAUGGAGUUUGCUAUCCAGCACACCUGGGAUAGCAAUCCUGUGAAUCAUGAGCCAAUCAGGGUCGUUUUCUCUCCUGGACAAGGAGGACUGAAGAUGGAGGUGUCUGGUCCCUUCUUCAAUGACCCGGCCGCCCCCGCAGGGCCCCCCGGUCAGGCCUUCCCUGGACUCUGGGACUAUGAAGUUGUUGAGUCUUUCUUCCUUGACAGCGCUACUGAAAAUUACCUGGAAGUGGAGCUUUGUCCACAUGGACAACACCUGAUAUUAUUGCUGUCAGGAGUCGGACAAGCGUUCCAGCAACAACUGCCAAUGGUGUUUGAUGCCACAAUCACAGGGGACCGGUGGAUGGGCGAGGCUCUCCUCCCCUGGUCGUACUUCCCUCCCAAUGUUAACAAGAUGAACUCCUACGCCAUCCAUGGCUCAGGAGAGAAGCGCACAUACGAGGCUCUCUACCCCAUUCCCAGGGCAGAGAUAGUGGAAGGCCAAAAACCAAACUUCCACCGCCUGGAGUAUUUCCAAAAUUUCCGCCUGCAAAGCAUCAUGGGAGAAGGCUGGAUUCAGCCAGAGUCUGAUCUGUGGAGAGGAAAACCCUGAGCUAUACAGAAACGCUCCUUUUACUAAUCUCUCUCUCUCUCUCUCUCUCUCUCUCUCUCUCUUGCACACACACAGACACUCAUGCACACACCACGGUGGCAGGGUAAUAGUGCAAACACUCAUUGCCAGGGAACAAAGGGCAAUCAAUCUUUAUUAGUUAAUGAUGUCAAACCAUUUAACAAGAAAUAUGUUAUCAGCUUGUCAGAGCGUAUUAGACUUCACACACAUUCAGACACAAGCACACAUCACCAGAUAUUGGACGUCACCUAACAUUGCCUCGGCUGAGUGUGACCUACAGCGAAGAAAGCUCACAUUGACCUUCAGCUCCGGUGUAGCCUGUGCGUUUCUCUUCAUUGAUAUAAAUACAGCAGGUUUCCGUGAUUCUUUUCCCGCAUUAGGGGACGCCCACUCAAAUGAACAUUCACGCAAUGGCAUAGCUGUAUUGUAAUUAGGUCUUUUUAAAAUAAUUGCACUGCCUUUAUUGAUUUCAUUUUACUACUAGAUGUUUACAAAUUGAUUACUUAUUGCUGGUGAAGAGUUUUGUCCUUCUUUUUUUUCUCCGUUGCUGUUUUGUCACUUUUGUCACUUUUUAAGUGCUAUGUUAUUGAUUAAAGCGAUAAUUUAUUAUUGUGGGAAAUUCAA